AUGUCGACAAAUAUCCCGGCUGGUCUAAAGGCAGCUGACAUUAGCCGCUUUGUGACACGAGCAGCGCAGCUUGAGAAAGCAAAGCCAACUAUUUCAUAUUGGUGUAACUUCUGGGCUGUGACUCAGAUUUUAGACAAAAAGCUCCAUAACUCGGAUGAAGAAUGCCUGAAAUACACCACUGAGCUCAUGGAUAAGCUUGAGAAGUUCAAACAAGAACAUUCUGAGGAUGAUACGAUAACCGAUGACGCUGCUGGCCAGGCAUAUGUAGAGCAAUUCGCUCUAGAGACAUUCCAAAGGGCAGAAAAUGCAGUUCGGGCAAAUAAAGCAUCUAUGCAAACUGCUGAUACCUUCCAAGCAGCCGCCACCUUCUUGGACCUGGGCCAAGCCUGGGGUCAGCCUGACGCGGAGACAGCUUCGAAAGUUAAAUAUGCCAAAUACCAUGCGGUCCGAAUUAUAAAGGCUAUAAAAGCUGGAGAAGAUCCAAACUCCUCCAAUCCUAAACACGCGGAAGCGUCACAGGAACCCUUAAGCCCGGCCGAAGGAACGGAUAUUGCAGGUGACACACAAGCACUUUCAGAAGCUCCUAGAAAAGGGCGACAAGCUUCUGUCGAAGAUGUUCCAGAUGACUUCGACAAGAUUCAAAGUAAAUUGGCCGCGCAAUCGUCAUUGAAUGAAUCUCUUCAUCCUUCGCGUUCAUCAUCUGCUGCGCCUCUGCCACAGCCUACGGGUGGCCUUAAUAUCCCAAGUGUACCCACAAGUACGCCUGGCAGCGGAAUGCCCAGCCCUCCAAUUAGUAUACCCCCAGGAAUGGUAGAUUUUGAUGACAGUUUACGACAAAGGCCCUCACAGCUCUCUAGAGCUACUGUUCCCGACCUGCCAGCAGCACCCUCUGAUUUCCCAUCACCUGCAUCAAGCAAUGCCGAUUUACCCUCUCAACUCGGGCCAAGAUUCGACUCUUCUUCGCUUAAUGUUUUCCAGUCGUUCCCUCCACCUGCCCCGGAACCUGAAUUCCCUCCCACAGAGUCUCAUGCUCUUGGCCCUCCCCCGCGUACUUCGCCUGGAAUGGGGGUUGACAGGACGUCCCAUCCACAACCCCCAAUGGUGGCACCAAUAACCCAAAUCCCUAGAGACACGCUACCUGUAUCCUCAUCAACAGCUAGAGCUGGCAACUCUGCCCAAACUGUUGACGAAGAAGCAAUUUCAAAUGCUCAAAAGCAUGCACGUUGGGCAGUGUCUGCGCUCAAUUUUGAUGACGUCAAUACUGCGAUUAAGGAGCUGCAAAACGCUCUAAAUUUCUUGAGAUACCGUUGA